AUGCGCCCGCCACCCGCGCUGGUAUCAGUGUGGCUGCUGGCCGUGGCCGUGUGCGCUGACAGCGGCCAGCGGGCCCACACCCGGGCACCGUCCAACUGCCGGGACCACGCCGGUCGGCCGGGUGUGUGCGGCACCGUCCACGACUGCCCGCCGCUGCUGGCACUCGUCUCCAACGGCCGCCGCCCCAGUGCCGAGGAGGUCUCCCAGCUGCGCCGCAGCCAGUGCAGGGUACCCGGCGGCAGCCGCAGGCGAGUGCUGCUCUGCUGCGCCCUGCCGCCACCACCCCCUCCUCCGGCGGCGCCCGAGGAGCCGUUCGACGGCGAGCCCGAGGAGCACCCCAACCGGCGUCUGCUGGAGCGGGGCGAGCCGUGCGGCUCCUCUCUGGUGCCGCGCAUCACCGGCGGGAAGGAGGUGCGGCACGGCCAGCACCCGUGGAUGGCGCUGAUCGGCUACCGGCACGCGGAGACGGGCCGCGUCAGCUACCGGUGCGGCGGCGCGCUCAUCGGCCGGCGGCACGUGCUGACCGCGGCGCACUGCCUGGUCAGCCUGCCGGCCCAGCUGCGACUCGACUCGGUCCGGCUGGGCGACCACAACCUGUCGCGGCCCACCGACUGCGCGCGCGCUCCCGACGGCCGACCGGUGUGCGGCGUGCCACAGGAGUUCCGUAUCGCCGCCCUCUUCAUCCACAGCGACUACAACAAGCCCAGCGCGCGGCUCAACGACAUCGCGCUGCUCAAGCUCGACCGGCCCGUGGUGGAGGACAACUUUGUCGGCAAGAUUUGUCUGCCGUUCGACUCGGCCCGCCAUCGCAACUACACGGGUGUCGGUCUGUCCGCGGUGGGGUUCGGCAGCGUGGGCCCGGGCCGCGACUCUCCUUCCAGUGAGGUGCUGCUGGAGGUGGUGCUGCCGGGCGUGGACCAGCAGCGGUGCGCGGCCGCCGUGCGCCGGCUGGGCGGCCUGCUCGGGCCGCGUCAGAUGUGUGCCGGAGGGGAGCCCGGCCGGGACGUCUGUUUCGGCGACUCGGGCGCGCCGCUGGUGGCCGACCCCGGGCCCGGUGAGCUGGCGCCCACCCUGGUCGGACUCGUGGCCUACGGGGCGCGGCUCUGCGACGGCGCCGUGCCCGGUGUCUUCACGCGCGUCUCCUCCUACCUGAACUGGAUCCUGGACAGGAUCGAUGACUGA